AUGGUCGGAUCGUGAGACUCAGAGUCGAGUCUUUCAGCCAACAAGAAAAUUUCAUCUUUUGAAAUUGCUCGCGACAAUGCAUUCGGCACAAUUUGCCGUCACUCUCGGCUUAGGCCUCAGCGGCAUAUCUGUAGCUGAUGCUGCUGCAGCGCCUCACGUACGCGAUGUGGGUGCGAUCACGGCUCUGAGUGAUAACGAUUUGGCUGCAAACACGACCACUCGCACUACCAAUGGCAUUCUUCUUACGCCAUCCAACUUCGAGACAGCCGCUCAAAGAUGCUUGACUCUCAACGAAGAACUAUGGUCGCCGUCAGCCUCCAACUUCUCUCUAGGCUUGGACAAUGCGCUCUCAUUCACAGCUUUCAACAGCGCAGACAAUGGAUCGACUACCUACUGGAUUUCCUCGCCCGACCACCCAGAAUCAUGCAAUGCUAUCAGUGUCGACGGCACGGUGGUGCAGCAGCCAUGCACGACCACUGCACCUGGCCUGUGCACAAACUCCGGUCCACUCACGCAAGCCAACGAGACAUUUCCUAAGCCGGAGCUUCAAGUCACGGUGCAAUCUGGCAAGCAAAACAUCACUGGAUAUCGUGAUUUCUACACGUUCCAGUUCCGCGGGAUACGCUUCUCGCCCACAGUAGAGCGAUUUGGGUACGCGUCUCUAUACGAAGGCGAGGGCGAUGUAGAUGCAUUAUCGUGGGGACCGGGAUGCCUACAAGCUCCUGAGGCGCGCUGGCCUUUGUUGGAUGAAGAUUGCCACUUCCUGAACGUAUGGACCCCCUACCUAUCGCCCAAUCCAACCGAGCCCACGGAAAGGAAGAAGCUCAAAGCUGUCAUCAUCUGGAUCACCGGCGGUGGGAACACUGCGGGAACUGGCACCGACUGGGAGAAGGAGGGUGGCAAUCUGGCUUCGAGAGGCGAUAUUGUUGUGGUUUCUAUCAACUACCGACUUGGAAAUCUGGGUUUCCUGCCGUUCCAAGAUGGAGUGCACAAUGGAAAUUAUGCCAUCUCAGACAUGUACACCGCUCUAGAGUGGGUAUACAAAAACAUCGAAAACUUCGGUGGCGACCCAGAGCGCAUAACGAUUUGGGGUAAUUCCGCGGGUGCAGUCAAUGUUCGCAGCCUCCUCGCCAUUCCACAAGCCGAGGAAAUGAUCGCAGGUGCCAUCAUGCAAAGUGGGCCCGCGGAAACUGGUCCAGACUCUACCCCAGGCGUCCGCUACGAGGCCCCAUCAUUCUACACCAAUCGUACCGAGGAAAUUCUCAGCGAAAGCGGCUGCCUCGAUACCCCUGAUCCAGUCUCUUGUCUCCGAGAUUUCGAUGCUUCGAAGUGGUGGACAGAGACUGACCGCUCACCCCAAUUCAACUUCGCCGUCCGCGACAAUGUUUACCUUUUCACACGCGGACUUCCCCUGUCCGGACCCUUAGCCCACUCGCAUAACAUACCCGUCAUGUACGGCUUUCUCCGCGACGAAUGGGGUUAUCUGUUCCCCGAGUCUUCCAACUUCACUGCAAGCCUUGAAUACGCUGAGGCCGGCUUUAAAUUCCCCUUGUUGCAACUCGUCAACUCUUCCUUCUCCCCUGAACGUGAUCCCAGCUGGGCCAACUUCACAGAAGCGGAGAAGAAGAAAGCUGUCUUCGAUGCUACCUCUUUCCUCUCCACCGCCGCAAUUUUCAAGUGCCUUCCCCACGCGUUUGCGUACUCGGCUGUGAAGAACAACGUCUUCGACGCCGUGUACGAAUACCAGUUCAACAGGACUUACCAACCUACACGUUGGACUGACCUUACCCGCAUCCAAUGUGGUCGCGACAAUCCCAACCCUGAUCAGAUCGACUACUACAAGUGCCAUGGUGGCGAAGUUCCUUACAACUUUGGUAACAUUGCACAGCAAGGGUGGCCAGAACGCGAUGGGUAUGACAUGCCGUUCGCACGGUUGAUUGUGGAUGCCUGGAGUGCCUUCGUUCGAACUGGGAAGGCUGGUGUACCGGAGGAUGGAUAUCUUGAGGCGAGGGGCUACCUAGAGAGCAAGGCCAAGCUUGAAGAGGCCGGCGCAUGGACAGGAACUUCGGACGAGGCUAUGAGAUUGCAGUGGACUGGAAUUGGGCCGUAUAGUACUGAUGAGUACAAGAUCGGGUGUGAUGAGUUGGAUAUGUCCGAAGACUACUACGAGACUGUUGAUUUCUCGGGUGAUGAUUGAGCGGUGGUGCAGCGAGGGGGUGGGGAUGCAAAGGGUUGUUUGGAAAUUGCUGUGAGUCUUUGAAUACUAUGCUCGCAACUGCUCGCCACAAAAGUCUUCGAUAGUUACAAUGCAUUGUAUUAGAUAGAAAAUCCUAAAGAACUCACGACCAGAUUAUGAUCAUACAUAUCCCGUAGAAUCUCGCAUCAAAGCAGGAACCUGUCGAAAUUGUUCUGAGCUAUGAUUGGUCCGGAUGAUCCACAUCGUGAUUGGACAGACAACAUCAAUCUUUCACUAUUUCUACCAAUCGUACCUUGAGCAACUACGCUGAAGCGAUCAUGCAUCGCAGAUGGCCUUCGAAAAGAUAUUCAUGAGAGUCAUGACGUCGAAGAUAUAAACCAGCCCAAAUGAAAUGGAAUGGCCCCAGCUAAUGCCUGAACGCUGCGGAUUUUUCACUUCUGGGGCGCGACUACAUGAGAACUCUGCAUUAGACUGCGCCUACACAUAUAAUUUAAUUUUCCAAUAAUAACGGUGGCUGCAUGGGAAGGAGCUUGAGACAUUUUGAGCCAUUACGCUUGCCCUUUCUAAGUUUCCUGAGAUCUGGAGGGGGUGUGAGAAGUGAUGAUUCGCAAUUUUCGUGACUGACGCUUAUAUGCUGAAUGAAGACCCACAUAUAUCCGAUAUAUGUAUGCCCAUCUGUUGUAUCGGCCGUAACAUUCCAUGUAACGUGAUUCAUGAUGCUGGAGCCUGGUGCGGGGUUAAAGAC